GAAGCGAAGAGGGGCGCAGGCCGAGCCGGAGCCAUGGGCAACUGCCACACGGUGGGGCCCAAUGAGGCCCUCGUCGUGUCAGGUGGGUGCUGUGGCUCAGACGAAAAGCAGUACAUCUAUGGAGGCUGGGCGUGGGCCUGGUGGUGUAUUUCUGACACACAGAGGAUUACCCUAGAGAUAAUGACGUUACAGCCCAGGUGCGAGGACGUAGAGACGGCGGAGGGGGUAGCUUUAACUGUCACAGGUGUGGCCCAGGUGAAAAUCAUGACCGAGAAGGAGCUGCUGGCGGUGGCCUGCGAACAGUUCCUGGGGAAGAGCGUGCAAGACAUUAAGAACGUGGUGCUUCAGACCCUGGAGGGCCACCUUCGCUCCAUCUUAGGGACCUUGACCGUCGAGCAGAUCUACCAGGACAGGGACCAGUUUGCCAAGCUGGUGCGGGAGGUGGCCGCUCCCGAUGUGGGCCGGAUGGGCAUCGAGAUACUGAGCUUCACUAUCAAGGACGUCUAUGAUAAAGUCAGCUACCUGAGCUCGCUGGGGAAGACCCAGACAGCGGUCGUCCAGCGGGACGCUGACAUUGGAGUGGCUGAGGCGGAGCGGGACGCCGGGAUCCGGGAGGCAGAGUGUAAGAGAGAAAUGCUGGAUGUGAAGUUCAUGGCAGACACGAAGGUGGCCGACUCAAAGCGCGCCUUCGAGAUGCAGAAGGCGGCCUUCAGCCAAGAGAUCAACGUGAAGACAGCAGAGGCUCAGCUGGCUUACGAGCUGCAGGGCGCCAAAGAGCAGCAGAAGAUCCGCCAAGAGGAGAUUGAGAUUGAAGUGGUGCAGCGCCGGAGGCAGAUCGACGUGGAGGAGAAGGAGAUCGUGCGCAUGGACAAGGAGCUCAUCGCUACCGUCAAGCUGCCGGCGGAGGCGGAGGCCCACCGCAUGCAGGAGAUCGCCGAGGGAGAGAAGGUGAAGCAGGUGCUGAUCGCCCGGGCUGAAGGAGAGAAGAUCCGGAAGAUUGGCGAGGCGGAGGCCUUGGUCAUCGAGGCCAUCGGCAAAGCUGAGGCCGAGAAGAUGAAGCUCAAGGCAGAGGCUUACCAGCAGUAUGGCGAGGCCGCCAAGAUGGCCCUGGUGCUGGACGCCCUGCCCCAGAUUGCCGCCAAGGUCUCCGCCCCGCUGUCCAAGGUGGAUGAGAUUGUGAUUCUCAGCGGCGAGAACAAGUUGACGUCGGACGUAACCCGGCUGCUGGCCGAGCUCCCUGCCUCCGUCCACGCCCUCACUGGGGUCGACCUCUCCAAGAUCCCGCUCAUCCAGAAAGCGACCGGAGCCCAGGCCUGAGGUGUGGCCGCCUGAUGAAGAGCACCCCCUUCUCUCCCUCCCCACCCCCCAGUUUAUGCACUCCCCGCUGACUGCCUUGAACACUGGGAGCUCGUCUUUCAUCAGUGGAGACGGUGGGGGCUUACGCUCGGGUGCCUUAUAUCUUUCGGCGGGCCAGAACGGCGCGCGUCCGCCGGUCCUCGCGUUUCCAAGAGAGGUUUCUUUCUUGUCCUGCCUGCUCUGUGUCAUGCUAGCCAAACCCCCCACCCCUCUUUCCCUGUCCGCGCUCUCGCAAAAUCUGUGCCUUGAUUGACCACUGCAUACCGCCCCGCCCCCCCCAGCCGCUAUUGGGGCAAGGAGGGGCCCCACAUGGGAGGUCCCGCCAUCUGCUCUCCGAGGCGGCUUUUGGGGUCCCAGCUGCCUCCGCCCCUCCUCCGGUGACGCCACUGGGUUGCAUCUGAGCCAUAUCAGCCGUUGUCCUGCGCUCUCAGGGCACUGGCGCCCCAAAGGGGGAGGGGCGGCCGGCCGGCCGGGCCCAGCAUGGCCCUCCUCGAAGGCUUUCCCCUCUUGUAGGGCUUCCACCGCACGUCCCUCCCAUCGGGGCCUCAAGGCAAGCGACCCAGUGGACUUCCCAGGCGGCUCAGCAGCAUUGAUGCCACGUUCUCCCCUCCCGCGCUGGCCGGGAUGUGCCCUGCUUGGCCUUGCGUGGACAAACUGUGCCUCGUUUUUGAUAGCUCGCUGCCCCUGUCUUGUGUGCGCUCCCCUUUGAAGCUGCAUUGGCAGGAACCUCCUGGGGCCCUCUGGGGCACGUCGCCUUCUGCUGCCCCUGGGCCCCAGGCAGCCAACGGCAGAACUGCCACCCCGCCAGGCCGCCUCUGGUCUGCAGGCCCGCUUCUUCCCUCCCCCCCCCAAACCCUGGUAAAAAGAGUGGCGGCAUGUCCCUUCCUUCCUUCCUUCCUUCCUUCCUUCCUUCCUUCCUUCCUUCCUUCCUCAGCGAAGAGGAACCAGGCCAAGGACUUCCAGAAAAAAACCUGCCUCUUUGCUCCAGCCCUGUCUUCGGCAGUUGCUUGCCUGGAUCGGGGCCGGCUGCUCGACGGGCGCCAGGAUGGGGCCAGAGUUGCCCUGUGUCCACUGGAGCGGAGGGCCGGGGUGCUUCUGGGCCACUCAGUUGACGUGAAAGGGGCCACUCGCGGUGCUGCUGCUCUGUGCCAAGGGAGGGAGCGUGGGGGGGGUUCCCUCUCCCCAUGCGUUACGCUUACCACCGCCCGUUGGCUCAGACACAGGCACACACCCGCUCCGUGAAACUGCCUGCAACCCCUGUGCAUGCAGCAAGGAGGUGCCUAAGUACGCUUCCCUGCCUCGGCCCCCUCGCCUACUGGCUGCUUUCCAAGCGUCCCUGGCUCUGCCCCACGUAUGUACUGUUCAAGCCAAAGGAGGUGGCGGAGGCAGUGUGCCGAGUUCUCCCACUUUUUUUGGCACAGUGUGCAAGGGCCGUGGGGCUGACCCUCCAAGGGUGUUUAGAGGGGGCGCCUUGCUCUUGUUCGGCUUUGUGUCGGGGGGGGGACACAGUUGGCGGACGGCGUGUUUUGUUUCCCAACAGCUUGGACUCGCUCACCUGGGCUUGGCAGGGGAGGGUGGGCGGCCACUAGUAUCAAAUCUCAGUGCCCCAGAGAAAGACACCCGUCACCCCUCCUCUAGUGCUGUCCCGUUUGGCCUGUGCCCACCUUUCCUCACACACACACACCGCCUGCUCGCCUGCCCCAAACGCCGCCACACAUAUCUGCAUGGACGUGGUGCAUGGCCGCCUGUGCCAAGGGUCGCCAGGGACCUCAUGUUUAUCUAAGUGUGAAAUAGUGUACAAUAAAACUCGUCGUGACCUUG